UUGGAAGUCCCUCCCCUCCCCUCGCCAUGAGGAGGAGCGCGAAAAAAAUUGUGCAAAUUAGGGCUGGUGGUGGUUGCCGCGUGCAUUUGAGAAGCAGGCAGGAGUGCUCGGUGUUGGAUGACCCACCUCUUUCUUGACUUUGUGUCUCUCUGCACGGGUCUUUGGGGGCUUUCCAGUGGGAAACAAGGCGUGAAAGGAGCAGAGGAAAAGGUGACUGCAAGCAAAUCAUGAUCCCAGGUCGAUUGGAAACAGCUUUCCUGGUUUCGCUGAUGUUCAGCAUCCUCAGCCAGAUUUCGGGAAACGGUGUAGAUAAAUGCAGAAGGAAUGAGUUUCAAUGUGGGAAUGGAGAAUGCAUUCCUUACAAAUGGAUUUGUGAUGGCAAAGCUGAGUGCCGUGAUGGCUCUGACGAAUCCCAAGAUGCCUGCAAAUCUGUGACUUGUGAGCCAAGGCAGUUCAGCUGCGGUGGCCGUAUUAAUCGUUGCAUUGAUAUGUCCUGGCGGUGCGACUUGAAAACGGAUUGUGAAAAUGGCUCCGAUGAAGAGAACUGCCCCCCUAAACGCUGUGCUGACAAUGAGUUCCAGUGCAAAAAUGGAAACUGUGUUGUCUGGGAUUUUGUCUGUGAUGAAGAUAAUGAUUGUGAGGAUAAGAGCGAUGAAGAGAACUGCCCUGCCCUAACCUGCAACCCUGAAAUGUUCCACUGCAACAGCUCGGAGUGUAUUCCCAAGCUCUGGCUCUGCGACAAUGAUGAAGACUGUAAGGAUGGGUCAGAUGAGUCACCGGUGUACUGUGGGGCAAAAUGGGAAGCCUCCAAAGCCAAUCCUUGCUCAUCACUGGAGUUCCAAUGUGGGAGUGGCGAGUGCAUCCAUCAGCGCUGGCAGUGUGAUGGUGGCUUUGACUGCAAAGACAAGUCUGAUGAGGCAAACUGUGCGAAACCCACAUGCCGCCCAGAUGAAUUCCAGUGUAACGAUGGUACAUGCAUCCAUGGAAGCCUGCAGUGCAACAUGGAAGAUGACUGCAAAGACAUGAGUGAUGAGAUUGGCUGUGUCAAUGUGACAACCUGCAAAGGAUCAAAUAUAUUUAAGUGCCGUUCUGGAGAAUGUAUCACUAUGGACAAGGUCUGCAACAGCAGGAAAGACUGUGGGGACUGGUCAGACGAGCCCCUCAAGGAAUGCCGAACAAAUGAAUGUUUGGCCAACAAUGGUGGCUGCUCCCACAUAUGCAAUGAUCUCAAAAUUGGAUAUGAAUGUUUAUGUCCUGAGGGAUUCCAGCUGAUUGACCAGAGAAGAUGUGAAGAUAUCAAUGAGUGUUUCGACCCUGAUGCCUGUAGCCAAAUUUGUGUGAAUUUGGUAGGAAGCUAUAAGUGUGAAUGCAAUGAAGGCUUUCAGAUCAACCCUACCACCGGGAGCUGCAAAGCAAUUGGCACGGUUGCAUACCUCUUCUUCACUAAUCGCCAUGAGGUCAGGAAGAUGACUCUAGACCGCAGCGAGUACACCAGUCUGAUCCCCCAUCUCAAAGAUGCAGUGGCCUUGGAUAUGGAAAUUGCCAACAACAGAAUCUACUGGUCUGACAUGUCUCAGAAAAAAAUAUACAGCACCCCAAUAGACAAGGCUGACAAUCACUCCCACCACUCCACCGUGAUCAGCAGUGGCAUCAGAUAUCCAGAAGGCAUAGCUGUUGACUGGGUGCACAGCAACAUCUACUGGACCGAUGCUGGCCUGAGCACGAUCUCUGUGGCCAGCAGCGAAGGCUUGAAACGGAAGACUCUGAUCAAGGAAGUGGGUGCCAAGCCCCGUUCCAUUGUGGUGGAUCCCGUUCAUGGAUUUAUGUACUGGACUGACUGGGGCAUCGUUGCUAAAAUUGCCAAAAGUGGUCUGAAUGGAGUUGACACAUUCCCCUUGGUGAAGGAAGGCAUUCUGUGGCCUAAUGGAAUAACACUAGAUUUGGCUAACCAGCGCCUCUACUGGGUAGACUCAAAGUACCACUCCCUCUCCAGCAUUGAUGUGAAUGGGGGAAACAGAAAAAUCAUCCUCGUGAAUGAGGAGAAGCUGGCCCACCCUUUUGCCAUCACAGUCUUUGAGGAUAAAGUAUUCUGGACGGAUGUCCAUAACGAAGCCAUUUUCAACGCUAACCGUCUGACUGGUUCAGAUAUUGUCAAGGUGGCAGAGGACCUAUUUUCACCUGAGGACAUGACACUCUUUCACAGUGUGCGGCAGCCACAAGGUGUGAACUGGUGUGAGAAGAAUGGCAUCCCUAAUGGAGGCUGCCAGUAUCUGUGUCUUCCUGCCCCACAAAUCACACUCCACUCUGCCAAGUACACUUGUGCCUGUCCUGAUGGUUUGAACUUAGCCAUGGACAUGAGAAGUUGUAUCACAGGUAAUGUUCCUGUUGCCCCACCGGCAGUCGCCAAUGCAACUGUGCCGCCUACUACAAGGAUGACACCUUUAGUGAAGCUGCUCACCCCAACCAGUGCUCGGAGGGAGACAACGAGACCUCCGUCUUCUGCUGCUGCUACCACUGUGCUGAGCAGAAGCACCACGCUUGAAAUGGUCACCUUAUCCCAGCAAGCUCGAAAUGACAUUGCUGCGGAAUCAGAUGGAAGAAAACGAAAUGGCUCAACAGCGCUCUCUAUUGUCAUACCAUUGGUGGUGAUUAUUUUAGUCUCCUUUGGUGCUUUCCUGGUUUGGAAGAACUGGCGUCUCAAGAAUACCAAUAGCAUUAAUUUUGACAACCCAGUCUACCAGAAAACAACUGAGGAUGAGAUUCACAUUUGUCGGAAUACAGAAGGGUACACACAUCUAUCGAGACAAAUAGUCUGCCUGGAAGAUGAUACAGAAUGAACCCACCUCAACACUGAAGUGCCUCUUGCAAAACUUUGCUGCUUAUUUUGUGGAGGAGAACAUGCGUGCCCUGGCCUUAGGUUCUCUCUGGGCUGUCCAGCACCACUUCCUGAGAGACUGGAUGGGACAUUCUUGGGAAAAACAGAAAACAGUGCUUUGGGAUCAGCUGCUGUCUGUGCAUGACAGAGCAAAGGAAGCUAGAUGGUCUUGUUGGAGUGGGGUGGUUUUUUUGUUGUUUUUUGUAUAUUUAUUUUUCUUAUUCUGUGCUGCCAAGACAGAAAUGUGCCUGCUGUAUCCUGGGUCUCCUUUUUAAUCUGGGCAGGGCCACGCUACUCUUGCAUGUAAAGGAGAAUAAGAAUUUGAUGGUUGAUGAAGAGAAGAUGACAAAACUCUUCUCUGGGUUUAAGCUUGGGAGGCUCUAACCAGCUGAUCUCUGUGCCUUCUGUGAGUUAAAGGACCAGCAGGCAGUCACGGACUGGGCUUGGAAGGGAUGGGCAUCUGAGUGUUCGCUGAGACUUCAUAAGCUGAGCCUGCCUGGGUUUUGUGGUGUUAGACCUCUGGACCCCUUCUUCUCAAACCUGGCCAGAGACAUCUUUCUGACGUGAUUCCACCAUCCAUACCAUACCAUAAAACAAGAUAGCAGCUCUGCUCUCAUGUCCAAAGAAAAAAUGCUGCAAGGACUAUCUCUUGCUUGGAUCCUCUCUGUUGGCCUGAGGCUAUCAGUCCUCUUCAGCCUUUGCUGGCCAACCCACCUUGCACUUUUGUUUGACUUGUUCUGGUCCUGUUGAUGAUCUGUGUCGCCUGUGAACUUUGUAUAACUGUAUUUGCACUUGAUUCUUUUCUUUUCUCCCCUUGGUCACAUGUGUCAGGAGGGUAAGAGACCAAUGCAAACCAAUGAGAGAGGCUGACUGUGAGGAGGGAAUGGGAGGAUUUCUUGCAUUUGCUUGGUGCUGGCCGUUUUUGGUGCCUUUGGUGUCAGUGGACAAAGGGCAAUCGAUUGUGCUGGCCAAGAAACCAGGAAAUUAAAGCCAUUCUCCUGCAGAUUUUACCUUGAUGACCAGUUUAUAGUUGCCUUAUGCUGCAUCUUGUUUUGCCAGGUAUCUUCUGGCAAUUUCGUCUGCCUUCAACUUUGUCUUGCUUUUUAUAUUCAUAUCCUGUUUGUAAUGAAGGGCUUUUAAGGGGGGAAAUGUAGACUGGACUUAGCAAUUAAUUGGUUCUGCACUUUGUCACAAAGAUAAUACUUUGAACAGGUUUGCUGUGCUUUCACUGAUGAAAACACUCGGCUGCCACAUGCUAUGAAAUGGGUCAAGUCUGAGCUAUGGAUGUCACUGACUCUUCUGUAGAAAAUAGAGGAUAUCUUGAUCACAAGUUUUGUAAAGGAUGGAUCUUUAGAUUUACAAGGAAGUAGAGCUGGGGUGUAAAUUCAAAGAAAUCUGCUGUAGCUCAAACCUGUCCCAUAUCUGGUACUGAAGGAAUAGAAAACUUCCCCUUGAUGCUCUUGCCAGUAACACCAAGAAAACAUUUAACAAGACAUAGAACAACACAUGGCAACUUAACAUUCUUGGUCUGGCACAUCCAAUUUUGAACGCAAAGUAAAAGCACUCAAACCUUCUGGCCUGAAGCUGUGAAAGAUUCCAACCUCUUUCUCUUAUUCUGGAGAGUGUAAAUAAUGUACAGUGUUGAGAUAUAGAUAUAUAUAGAUAUAUAUGUAUUUCCUUUGCACAAGAGUUGCCUUUUUGUACAUAUGUUCAUAAAAUACAUGCCUUAUUUAUUUCUAAAUUUAUGUUCUUAUGACUGCUAACUUGGCUUUCUCUUUUAUCCCACCUGGUGAUGGAUGCCUCCCCUGCCCCCAUUUGUUACACUUAAAAACAUCGGCAGGUAGACCAUGGACUGUGGGGGGGGGGAGGGUGUGUGUGUGUGUGUGUGUGUGUGAAUGUUAAUUGUGCAGUCCUCAUCUGGAAUAAGAUGAUGUGAACACAAUAGAAACUUGCUUGCAGAAGUGGUACUUGUGCAUCAAACGACUUCUCUCCUCACCUAUAUUGAGACUUUGGUUGGCACAGUGGCAGCUGAGGGCAGAGAGUGUAGGAGGCAGGCACAGAGCAGGCUGCAGCUGCCUCUCUCCCUGCCCUGUCUCUCUUGCUUGCCCCACCUUUAACUGAUCAUUUGCCAGGUUGGGCAUUUCAAUCUGCCCUGCCCUCCACCACCACAUUUUUGGUGGCAGUAGCCGCCACAGGGUUAGCAAAUCUGUAUUUAAGCCCUCUUCUUACUGGCAUGCUUAACAGUGGUAUAUGAAGGCUGAAGCCAAAAGAAUGAUUAACAUGAUCUCUUCCAAUAUUUAUGAAUGCAUAUAACUAAUAUGGUGGGUGCAUUCUUCUCUUGUAUUUCAUCUUUGACAGUAUAUCUUGCUACUUACAGCACAUGUUUUGGUUAUUACACUGUGUACUCAGCAUGUUUCAGCUAUUCAGCAGAAGUGGUAGCUUGAAAGAGGCUGCUUUAUUUUCUUUUGAAUCCAUCCUCUUUUGUGAUUGCAUUGUGACUUCUUAAACUUGUGUUUGCAUCUUAUUUAACAAGCUUGCAUGCGACUGUCAGUAUUAAAAGCAUAAAUUUUAAGAGCUGGUCAUACAGCUCUACAAAAGGUUUUGAGCACCUAAACAUCUAUAGAAUGUUCUGCUUCACAUAAUUUGAACUGUACCAAGAAAAGACAGUCCCAUUGGUUGUCUCGGGUUACUAUUAACUGUAAUAAUUUGGGGGGCUUAAAUCUCCAAAGGAGUUUUUAAGAGUAAAAUUUAACAUGGAAUCUUUUUCUAAAAGCAAGGAUGAGUCUGCUGACUUGGAAGUAGGAAAAAGCCUAUAAGGUUUUCUUUAUCAUUUUAUUUAAUCUGUUGAUACAUACAGUGCCAUUUUUUUCCAGACAAAUGGAGAGUCACUCUCUUCCCUUGGAUUUACUAAGAGCUUUAAUGUGCGUUAGGCACUUUUAUCAAAGAGGAACAGGAAUGUGAAAACCACAACCCUAGGGGCUGGGACUAUGUCAAAAUAUUAAUUUGGACCUAAGCUUUAUUCAACAAAUCCUCUUAAUGCUGCUGAUCUUGUGGUCUGUCGGUUCCAAACUCUGCAAUAGGAAACACUGUUUCUACACAAUAAUUCACAAUGGUGCUAAAAUGAUUGUUCAUAACAAUCUUAGUUUUUUCUUUCUACCACCUGGAGCAAAAACGUGUAUUUUGAGAAGGAAAUAACUGCCUCAUUGUUUUUGUUGGUUGGUUUGCAGUAAUUGUCCAGUACAUUCCUCUAGUCUAAUGCCUCUCUAGGGCUUUUUAUUUUUUAUUUUUGCUCUACAGGGAAGAACAAAUGGGAUCAGGUGCCUAAUGGUGCCCUGUUCCUAUUUAGGAAAUCCUGCCCUAUGAGAAUUUUUAGCUGUAUAAAACUUGGGAAUUGUGCUUAAUAAAGUUGGGAAUAAUUUGAAAGGAUUGCCAAGUCAGCAAGGUUUCAGGAUGUUUGUAUUUUAUUUCAGUGCAUUUUUCAAGGUGCUAUUUUGCCAAGAAAGGUGGGAAACACAUGCAGGAAUUUUGUGUGUUUCAUAAGGGAAGAGUGAAUAUUUGUUUUGCUGUUUAUAUCUGUGUGUUGAUCCUUGCAGAAUGACCUAGAACUUGGGGAAUAGCAAGGCCACCCUCUGUGCAGAACCUAUAUUUUAUGCUUACAUCAGAUAACUUUCUAAAAGAGUCCUGAUGAAAUAGCCCUUUUGACUUCUAACCAGAUGUUGUUUUUCUGGGCAUUAGUUGAAAUACUGUUCCUGACCAGUUUCUCACUAAGUGCUGCAGACCCCUUGAAAAGUUGUCACUUGGCCUAUACAGUUUGUUUUCAUUAACUCUUUGGGUCACAUGCAAACAUCUAAUAGAUGUGGGAUUGUCCUACAGAACAGCUGCAAGAAGUUCUUUAAAAUGUUGUUCUCUAUUCCUUGUUAAAAUCUCUGCCCCCACCCAGUUAUGAUUGAGUUUAAUAAAUAUUUAAAUACA